AUGGCGGACGGCAUCAAGAAAGCCCCCUUCACCGAGGAUGACAUUGACUUCAUCCAGACCCCGCCCGUCCAGCCUCCCACGUUCGAGACGGGCGUCGACUGCGGUGUCAAGAUCACGGCGUCUCCCGCUAUCAAGAACGCUCCUCUGCCCGCCGAUGGCCCUGGAAGCGAGAGCUUCUCCAACAUUGCCCUUUUCACCAUCCUCCUCGGCGUGCCAGUCUACCUCGCAUGGAAGAUCGGCGGUGGCUUCAAGACGACAAUCUUCUUCUUCAUCCUCACCCUCGUCCCGCUUCUCGUCGCCUUCUGGUGGGUGGCCUCGAACUACAGCCCCCGCCUCAACGAAAAAGUCAAGCUGCCCGGCCGGCCCAUUGAGCACUACCUCACCUUUAAGAAGGAUGCGGACAAGGCUAGAUACUGGGGCAAGCACAAGAUCCCCAUGACCACCUUCUUGGAAAUGUACUUUGACGGCGAUGUCGACUUCAAUGGCGACUGCCUCGACAUCCUCGAGUAUCGCCAUGAUUGGGCUACCUUCAAUAUCACCUGGGACCUCUUCCGCUUCAUCUUGUUCACUUUUGCUCCCGAUGUCAUCAUGCACAGUCGCCAGCAAGAUGAGGACCAGGUCCGUGACAACUACGACCGCGGCAACGACUUCUACGCUUGGUUCCUUGGCCCGCGCAUGAUCUACACCUCCGGCCUCAUCUCCGACCCUACCCGUGAAGAGACUCUGGAAGAGCUACAGGACAACAAGCUGGCAGUUGUCUGCCAGAAGAUUGGUCUCAAGGAGGGCGAGACUCUGCUGGACAUUGGCUGCGGUUGGGGUACCCUAACCAAGUUCGCCAGUCUGAACUACGGUGCCAAGGUGACCGGCGUCACCCUCGCCCGCGAGCAGGUCGCCUGGGGCAAUCACGCUCUGCGCAAGGCCGGUGUGCCCGAGGAGCAGAGCAACCUCAUUGUGUCCGACUACCGUGAUAUCCCCGACGACAAGAAGUGGGACAAGAUCACCGCCCUCGAGAUGGCCGAGCACGUCGGUAUCCGCAAGCUUAGCUCUUUCUUCAAGCAGCUCUAUGACCUCCUCGAGGACGAUGGUGUGUGCUAUAUCCAGGUGUCUGGUCUGCGAAAGGCGUGGCAGUACGAGGAUUUCAUCUGGGGUUUGUUCAUGACCAAGUACAUCUUCCCCGGUGCUGACGCCUCCACCCCUCUGGGACCGUACGUUGGUUGCAUGGAGGCUGCUGGAUGGGAGGUCAAGAGCGUUGACACGGUUGGUGUCCACUACUCUGCCACUCUUUGGCGCUGGUACAGAAACUGGCUCGGCAACGCCGACAAGGUCAAGGCCAAGUAUGGCACCAGAUGGUUCCGGAUCUGGGAGUACUUCCUGGCUUAUUCCACCAUUGCUUCUCGCCAGGGCACCGCGACGUGCUUCCAGUUUGUCUUGGUCAAGAACCUCAACUCGACUCACCGUGUCGACGGCAUCCCAACGCAGUUCGGGCUCUCUGGCGCUCUCCAGGCUGCCAAGGCUAACGGCAAGGCCCGCCUGCCCACGAACUGA